AUGAGUGAUAGUGCACGAACUCAUGAUAGCCAUAGUGAGAAAGGUACGUUUAGCGUCUUACCGUUCUGCUCUGUUCAUUAUCCUUCGGGUUUUACACUUUUCAUUUUGGCAGUUCACAAAAAUUUGGUCCAACGUGAUUGCAAUCUGAACUUCAACCAAUGCCAUUAUUCAACUGAAUUCCAAGCUGCACCGAUGAGAUAUCAAUUUCGGCCGCCGACGCAUCUCCAAUAUCUGCUUCAAUUCCAGCUUUCGGCACCAUUCCAGUAUCCGCCUCCGGUAUUGCAAGCGGUUAUGUUCCAGAAUCCACAACUGCUCCAGUGUCCGCCUUCCAUUCAUCAGCCACAAUAUAACAUUAAAGUAACGGAUCAGCUAGUCACGAACAUUCAAGCUCAACAGCAAAUACCACGUGAUUUGCAUUUUAAUGUAGCCAUUAUGAUGUCACAAGACAAAUCGUACGAGGUCAAUCCACUUGCUCCAUGCAACUGCCGAUGUCCCACCGACCCUCCACCACUUUACGCUAGAAAAGGAAAACGUCAGUUGUAA